AUGAAUGCCGGUUUUGAAGACUGCUCCGUUUUAUAUGAAUUGAUGGAGACAAUGGGUGAAGACUGGACGGCGAUCCUGAAACAAUAUGAAAGUCUGCGCAAACCCAAUGGCGAUGCCGUAGCCCAGCUGGCACUUCAGAACUUUAUAGAAAUGCGGGACAAAGUGGCUGACCCAACCUUCCUGGAGCGGAAAAAGAUAGAAAAAGAGCUGGGCCGCAAGUAUCCCGAACAGUUUACCUCGGUCUACGAAAUGGUUUCAUUCUCCCAUACACCUUAUGAAGAAGCAAUGCGCUGUAUUAAAGCGCAGGACGCAUUGCUGGAGCGUAUUAUGUCUGCCGGUGAUUUUGCUGCAAACAGUACGGACGCUACCUUUACAGCACAACUGGAUGAGUGGAUGAGCGACUACCAUCAUUCUGUACAACAACCGGUGCGGGGAGGUAACAACUGA